GACUGGCUCAUCACAUCUGUAAUCUCCUAAUAGAAACUGUGGCUCUGUACUUGGAGGCAGAUGAUAAAAGCAGCACCAAGACAGCAAAUGCACUGCUCCUGUCCUUGCUUGACAUCCUGCACUGCAUGCUGAUGUAUACAGCAAAUGUUGUGCGCCAGACUUUACAGGCACAGAAAUCUGGCACAGGAGGGGACACGCAAGCUGCUGAAGACCUUCUGCUUAUCAAUAAACCCCUGACGGACCUAAUUAGCCUGCUUAUUCAACUGCUUCCCAGUGAAGAUACUGAAAUAUUUGUGAGUGCUUCACAGUGCUUAUCAUUGCUGGCUCAGCUGUAUGGAGGGAACAGUCAGGAGAGUAUGUCUCCAGAAAACAUGGACAGCUUUGCUGAAGUACUGAAGUCCAAAAAAGAUGCACGACAACUGAAACUUUUGUUGAGAAUUGUAAAGAGACUGUGUCUUGAUAAGGAGCUUUGCCUGCAUUGUCACCUUGUGUUGGUUGAUUACGUCGCCCUUUACUCUCCAAGAGCAGGAGUUUUCAGUUAA